AUGUCGUUUCGAGUUUUGGCGACUGCGGAUAAGGCCAGGCGUGGGCUACUUCAUUUGCCGCACUCCAUGGUCGAGACGCCAGUUUUUAUGCCGGUCGGGACCCAGGGGACCAUGAAGGGUAUUUUGCCCGAUCAGCUGGUUGAUCUGGAUUGCCGAAUUUUGCUGUGCAACACCUAUCAUCUGGGGCAUCGGCCUGGCCAUGAAUUGGUGAGGAAAGCCGGUGGCGUACACAAAAUGAUGAACUGGCCACGGGGUAUUUUGACGGAUUCCGGAGGUUUCCAGAUGGUUUCCCUCUCGAAGCUAAUGACGGUCGACGAGGAAGGGGUAAACUUUGAGAGUCCACAUACCGCCGAGAUGAUGUUGUUGAGCCCCGAGCAGAGUAUAAAAAUUCAACAAUGCCUGGGUGCCGACAUUAUGAUGCAGUUGGACCAUGUCGUGCACGUCAACACUACCGGGCCCAUGGUCAAGGAGGCCAUGGAGCGUAGUAUACGUUGGCUGGAUCGGUGCAACGAGGCACAUACACGCGAUGACCAAGCUCUAUUUCCGAUCAUCCAAGGCGGGCUCGAUUUUGAGCUGCGCGCCGCCUGCGUCGAGGAGAUGGCCAAGCGAGCCAAGGUGGGCAUAGCGAUUGGCGGGCUGUCGGGCGGCGAGGACAAGACGCAUUUCUGGAAGGUGGUAGCGACCUGUUGUGAUUUGCUUCCGCCUCACUUGCCGCGCUACGUGAUGGGCGUCGGGCAUCCGAUCGACUUGAUCAUGUGCUCGUUGCUGGGGGCCGACAUGUUUGACUGCGUCUAUCCUACACGAACGGCUAGAUUCGGAACAGCCCUGGUGCGCCGUGGCGGCGAAUUGCGGUUGAACCAGAAAAAAUUCGCCAACGAUUUUCGCCCCAUCGACGACAGAUGUGACUGUACCACCUGCAAAAACUACACACGUGCCUAUCUGUACACGGUAUCACAGAAGGAGACGGUCGCAUGUCACCUCAUCUCGAUCCAUAACAUAAAGCACCAGCUGGACCUAAUGAAGGAUUGUCGCGAGAGCAUCUCGAACGGAACCGUCACCGAAUUCCUCAACACAUUUUUACGAGAACAAUUCGAAGGCCAGAAGGUCCCGGAAUGGGUUCACGAAGUUUGCGACUUUUUAGGCUACAAGAUUGAUGAU